GGCUGUAACCUCUCAGAGAGAAGCUGUGAAGUUCUGUCCUCAGUCCUCAGCUCCCAGUCCUCUAGUCUGAGCGAACUGGAUCUGAGUAACAACGACCUGCAGGAUUCAGGACUGAAGCUUCUGUGUGAUGGACUGCAGAGUCCACACUGUGACCUGGAGACUCUCAGCCUGUCAGGCUGUCUGAUCACAGAGGAAGGCUGUGCUUCUCUGGUCUCCGCUCUGAGCUCCAACCCCUCCCACCCGAGAGAGCUGGACCUGAGCUACAACCAUCCAGGAGACUCAGGAAAGAAGGUGCUGUCUGAUGGACUAGAGGAACCUCACUGGAGUCUGGAGACUCUCAGGGUGGAGCCUGCUGGAGUCCGAUGGAUGACACCAGGUCUGAGGAAGUAUUCCUGUGAACUCACAAUCGACACAAACACAGUGAACAGAAGACUCAAACUGUCUGACAACGACAUGAAGGUGACACAUGAGGAGGAGGUUCAGUCAUAUCCUGAUCAUCCAGACAGAUUUGACAUCUGUCCUCAGCUGCUGUGUAGAACUGGUCUGACUGGUCGCUGUUACUGGGAGGUCGAGUGGAGAGGAGACGUUGAAGUAUCAGUGAGUUACAGAGGAAUCAGGAGGAAAGGAAGCAGUUAUGACUGUGAGUUUGGAUACAAUGAUCAGUCCUGGAGUCUGAGAUGCUCUGAUAAAGGUUACUCUGUCUGGCACAAUAAGAGAGUAACACACAUCACCUCCUCCUCCUUCUCCUCCUCCUCCUCCUCUCAUAGAGUAGCAGUGUAUGUGGACUGUCCUGCUGGCUUUCUGUCCUUCUACAGAGUCUCCUCUGACUCACUGAUCCACAUCUACACCUUCAGCACCACGUUCACUGAACCUCUUUAUCCUGGGUUCUUGUUCUGGUCCAGUUCUGGUUCCUCAGUGUCUCUGUGUCCUCUGCAGGACGGAGAGUCUCCUCCUGGUGGAGAACCUUCCGCUCUGCUCACCACAUAGUUCAGUGUGUACAGCUGGUGGAGGUCCAUGUGGGUGUAGGUGCAGGUGGAGCAGGUGAGGGGUACCUGAGCCGGUCUGGACUCUGGGGGUCCACAGCUCUCUGGGACUUGUGGUGUUGCAGAUGAACGUGUGAACAAGCUCAGCGAGGUGUGUUUUAAUGCCUCUGUGGAUGAAGCAAUAAUCAUCAUUUAGACGUUGGCUCCUAAUUAGGGUUUAAUCUUAAUCUUUAUGUGUCACAAUGCUCAAGGAGACAUUGUAUAAUAAAAGCAGGGUUAUUUUUAAGGAUGGUUAGUAAAGAUAUAAAUAAGUCAAAUAUGAACGUAAUCUUUCUAAAUGUGUUAAAUCAAAUCUAAUUUCACAGGAUCAGGUUUGUUCUGUUAAAGAACCUUUAACAAACCUCUGAAGAACAGAUUUAAUAACAGAUUCUAUCAGGUACUUGUUUUCAUUAACGUUAUAUAAAAGUAGGGCUGUCAAGAGUAGCGCGUUAACGACGUUAAUUAGUAGUUUGUUGCUAAUUACGUCAAUUUUUUAUACACAUUUCACGCAUGCGCAGUGUGACAAAUUAUUCAGGUGAGGAAAGUGCCUCUUCUUCUAGGGAAUGCACUUCAUCCUAUUCAACACAUUACUGCCCCCUGCAGGCACAUGUCAGGCCGUCAGGUUCAGCAAGUCGUUUGCGCCACGCUGAAUGUUCGCAGCCAUUCACCAAAUCAACCUCAGAUCAUGUGACCAACACAACAGCAAAAUGACGCUGGAAAUGGUAGUGAGCAGAAAUAAAGAGGCCGUCAUCGCCAUACUCGCCAACAUUGAGACCUCAGAAUUAGGGAGAUAUUCAAAAGGACCGGUUUGGACUGGUUUGCAUUUCAGAAAGAAAAAAUGGUUAGGAUUAAGGUGUAACUGCAAAUAGUGAUUAAUCCUGAUUAAUCUACUGAAAAUUCUGAUUAAAUUAAUUUUAAUCAUUUGACAGCCCUAAUAAAAGUACAACUUUUAGUCACUCCAUGUAUU